CAAGAUAGGAUCGCGGAUCGUUCGUGUCGCGCAUGAUACGCGCUCACGAUGUUAGGUAUCCUGAUUCCAGUACGGUAGUUUAGUCCUUCAGUAUAAGUCUUUCAAAACUUUAUUUGUUAAAAUACGUGCGAAAAAUGGCUUCGACGGCAGAGGAAAUAAAUAAUCUGUGGUUUUACAAUUGUUACAAGAAAAAAAUAACCCCUAGUAAAAAGAUUCUCUGGGACCUGGUUGAGGUGGGGAUUAACAUAGCAAACAAAACGAUAUACCACUCUUCAUUCAGUGUUUAAUUGUAAUCUUGCAGUAUAUAUUUGCUAUAAGCUACUUCCUACCACGAAAAAAUGUGUUUUGUUAAUAUGUUUAACAGUUUUACACCACUUAAGGGCUCUAUGAAGUGAAUUAAAAAAUCGCACGGGAAAAUAUAAUAUGGAUUCAUAACACUUGGGCAACGCAUCUUAUUUUGUAUAUGCAGAUAACUGACUGAGCAAUGGAACAGUUCCUUUCUGAUGCAAAACGUUUGGUGCAGAGGCUUCAUAAUCAUGAUAAUUCUGUAGAUAUUUUGAUCAGCGAGACAACAAAUUUGCAAAAUAAAUUAAUUGCCAUGAGACAGUAUCAUGAAGAAGUAAAUAAAAUGAAUGAAAAUGCGAACCAUCGUCCCAGAAGUACCCUGGUAUUGGGUAGUCAGUUAGAAAACCAGCGUAUACAAAAUUUGGAGCAGGAAAACCGAGAGUUAAGUGUAUCACUUGCAGAACAUCAAUCAGCAUUAGAAUUGAUCAUGAACAAGUACAGGGAGCAAGUGUUAGUCAUGAUGAAAGCUAAUGGAACUGACAUGGUUGUGAACACCAGCAACCCACUUUCUGCCAAGGAAGUUUUUUUAAGCGAGAGAAUUGCUGAAAUGGCAAAUGUCAUGAGGCGAUCUGCACUAAUUGAUGAAUCAGAGUCUGUUAAAGAAAUAGAAAUCCUGCGAAGUUUACAAGUUGAAAAUAAAAAUUUACGGGACCUUUUAAAAAUUAGUGGUCAGAAGUUACCCAAGCAAUCUUAUAACUUUGAUGAAAUGUAUGCAAAUCUUGGGGGUAAUCUUAUGGACAAUAAUUAUUCAGCAAAAAACAUUACCACAUAUCAAAAAGAUGUUGUAAACAACAAGGAUAGUGGUAUAUAUGGAAGUCAACAUUCCUCUCUUCAUCAUGUCAAACAAGCUGGUGGUAGCAACACAAACUUGAACAGAAUAACUCAAUAUGACAGCUUGGAGAAGUUAUUCCAAAAAUCCACUGAAGAUGAGUCAAGUAACAAUGCUCCAGCGCCUUCAUUUGAAGACGGAUCAGAAAACUUUUUUGUUAGUGCUAGUCCCGAAGAUAAUUGCUUUCGAGCUAUUAUAACUGACAUUAAACCUUUAGAACAUAGUUUUGACACGAAUAAUGAUCCAACUAUUUCUGUUGAUGAAAAUACUGAAUCCGACCUUGAUUUUGAGUUAAGUGAUGAAAGUUCAAACAUUUCUGAAUAUCAUGUUACUGAGUCAAAUGAAAAAAUUAAAAAGCAGUUAGAACAAGAAAGUAACAAAAUUUCUAACGUCGACAACAAUAAAAAUGUUACAAAUGGUUUAUGUAAUGGUGAAACAGAUGCCAUACAAAUGCUGGAUAAUAUUUUGGAUUUAGAUGACGAUUUAGAUGUAGAGUGCGAAAAAGAAGAGCAAAAAACUGAUCUUGCAAAUAGUUCAACUGAAAUUGUUGUUAGCGACAACGAUGUCGAUGUAACCUUAGAGUUGAAUACAAAUAAAAGUUUAAUUAAUGCUCAUGCUGAGAGUAUUGUGCCUAGUGAUAACACAACAGUUAAAAUUGAUACAUUAGUAAAUGGUGAUGUUAGCGAUGAUGAUUCUGAAGCAACUUUCACUGAAGACGAUGUGAGUCAAGCACUAUCUGGGUUCGAUUCAUUUCUGGAUGAUGAAAUUGAUGUAAAUGGAUUUGAUGAUUAGUUAAAGUGUUACAUAUUUUUUUCCUAUUUCUUUUGGCAUAAACCAUGUAAAUCUAACAUUAAAGAUAAUAUAACCAUCACAGGAAUUUUUUCAAGCCUUUUUAAGUUCUUUGUAAAUUUGAAGCAUUGUUUCUAAAAAAAUUUUUCUUGCUAAAUAUAUAUAUGUCUUUUUUUCGUAUUCGAUUUUCACGAUAUAAAAUAUGCAUUUCUCAAUUCAAUACUUCUCAAUUCAAUACUUCUAUAGCUUGAUAUAAACAAUGAAAACAGCAAUAAAAGUGUGAUUUUAAAUUUCUGUGGAGUUUGAGUGAUUUGGUUGGACUAGUGAUCUCCUAACUUAAGGCAUAAUAAAGAAAUAUUGUCAAUUUUAUCAUUUCUCAUUGUUCUAAUUCAAUAUAGUUAAUUCUUGAUAUUAUAUAUUUUGGGUAUGGUAAUGGUUUUUUCAUCUCUAUUUUUAAGGUUUUAUUUUUCAUGUUUUGGUUUGCAAAAAGUGACACCAUUUAUUAUGUGCCAUAAAGUUAUAAGUAUAAAAUUGCAGAUUUUUUUUGUUUUAGAAACAUAUUUUAACAUAAUGAAUAGAACAAUUACUAAACAAUAAAAGAGGAGUGAACAUUUCAUAUGCUAAAGUAAAAUUUAAAAACUAUAUUUUUUUCACAACCUUCUGCACUUUUUAAAGUUCUGAAACUCUAUUUUCGAGUCUCCUAACAACAAUUAUUAGUAUUACAGAAUUUUUUUGCAAUGAGAACAAAAUGAAGGUAUCUCCCAACAAGUUUUCAUUCUGUAUCUUCAGGGCAUUGUUUAAAAUGCAGUCAGCUCUUCUCAAACUUUCAAAUUAGGAAUAUUAAUAUACCUGAUUCAAUAUCUUUUGGACAACCAAACUUUUUUUUUUGAGGUACUCAGAUAGAGGCAACCAAAUGUAGUUUUUAUAUAAAUUCUUAAAAAUCUGGUAUAUUAUAUAAUAUAAAUUAUUAAGUUUUCCUUUGUAAAGAGCAUUGUGUAAAAAUUUUUUUGAUUUUAUAUAAGGUAGGUAUAUAUAUAUAUAUAUACUUUCUGAUAUGUCAAGAACUCUAUUUAACCAUAUCCAGCACAUCAGCUUUACAUUUUUUCACUUUGGAAUUUUGUUUACUAUACAACAAAUUUCUAAGUGAAAGUAGUAUUCUCAUUAAACAGGCUGUCACAACAUGUUAUUUUUUGCUUGCAAACUCAAGAAUAAUUUGUUUCGGUAUGUGUGUAUGGAUUGUGUUAAUGAAGCAAAACCUGUGAUCUAUAUAUUUUAGUUAUUCGAUUUUAACACCGUAAAGACAUGCUUAUUCCAUAGUGUAGGGUGAACUUAGUGAGGUAUUUCCAAGGGACCUGACAUGUUUUUAAAGUAUGCAUGUGUGGGUGGGAAAGGGGAGGGGUGCAUAUAUAGUUUUAAUAUGUAAAUUGUCUCAACCAAAUCUUAAUUGUUAACAGUGACUUAAAAAAGAAUGAAUAAAUGUCCUUGUUGAUCUACAAAAAAGUUCUCUUUCAAAACAAAUUUUGUGCAUGUCAAAUGAAGCUCUAUUAAGCGUUCCUUUAUUCAACAGUUGUGUAAAAAAUCGAAUAAUUACACUAUAUAGUAAGUCUUCUCAAUAUACAAGUCGCUACCAGCCAGUUGUAAAAAAAUAGCAGAAAGCCCUUGUUCAUAUUAAAAUUUAUUGAAAUAAAGAUUGUUCUCAUA